CUCUCUUCUCUCUGUGUGCACAAUUCUUCUUUCUCUCUUUGUGUUACCCGAACUGUUGUCCACCUGGGAUAUACUUGACUGAUACCUUUAACCAUAUUUAUAAACACGUACACGAACACACUUGAACACACGCAUACAAAGCACACAUAACGUCGGAACAAGCAAUAAAAAAAUUUCCUCCCAAAUGAGUUGGAAUGUCCAAGACAGUAUUGAAAUUGGUCUGUCACACCUCUACGAACAUUCACCAGGAGAAGCUUACGAAUGCUUCACCUCGGCUUUGAAUCUCGAGCCCAACAAUGAAGCCGCGCUUCACUACCGUGCUCAAGUCGCCAUGCAAUUAUACGACAAGCGACGCGACACUGCAUUGGACGACAUUGAAGCCGCCAUACGAGCCAAUCCAUUCAAAGGCGAACUCUACCUCCUCGAAAACGAAAUCCUCCUCAGCAAGAACGCAUAUCCAGAAGCGCUUACGCGACUCAAGAAAGCUCCCUUUAAAAUCUUCCACAAUGACCCGAAAAUCACAGAGAUACGCGAAUUGUACGAAAGGCAAGAAAGGGCCCAGCUCAACCAUGUGGUCAAGAUGCCACCCGAAGUGAUAUACGGAAUCUUGAUGGCCUUGCCGUUCUCGUCGCGUGUAAAGUGUCUGGCCGUGUCCCGGCAGUGGCGAGAGACGUUCAGCAGGAUACCCGACUUGUGGCGUGAUCUCGACUAUUACUCGGUCUUGCUUGAUAAAAGGACUAGGAACUUGACGAAUCAUUAUCAUCCUUACACUACGUAUAACGAUCAUGUUCGGACAUCGGUGCAUCAUUCCGAAGGCAGCGUUGCGGCUAGUUUAGACCUGUUUAUGCAGUGGGCGGACGUUCGAAAACUCAGAAUUCCUUUGACAAACAGUGUCAUUGAAAAACUCGUUCAACGACGCCCGGCUUUGACUGAAGUCGGUAAGUAUUUUGAUUAGCAGUAAAGGUGCUUUAUUAGUUACUAAUUAACAACAAGGAUGAGGAAAAGUAAGGGAGAGAAGGAGAGUAUAUGCGGUGCAUUGAUUGGAUGUGUGGGGGGAUCAGAAGGAGGAAAAAAGGGGAAGAUUAAUGCGCUAAAAUACAAAAAAAAACCUCCAUUGUUCUAUGAUAGCUUUCAUGGGUGGCAUGACUACUGUCGAUCCUCUCGU